GCCGAAGAUGUCAGCUCGGUCAUGUAAUCAGCUGUGUCCAAUCACAGCUGAUCACACGAAAACAGGGAAAUGCCGAGGAGGGGACAUGUACACUGAUCCCCAGGGCACUGAUGAUAAGUGUGCCCUGAUGAUCAGUGUAGUGCCAGCACUGCCACCUGUCAGUAUCCAUCAGUGCCUUGUGUCAGUGCCCAUCAGUGCCACAUAUCAGUGCCCAUCUGAGCUGCCUUUCAGUGUCACCCAUCAAUGCCAAUCAGUGUCACCUAUCAGUGCUGCUAAUCAGUGCCACCUAUCAGUGCCAGUCAGUGCUGCCUAUCAGUGCCAGUCAGUGCCGCCUAUCAGUGCCAGUCAGUGCCGCCUAUCAGUGCUGUGUCAGUGCCGCCUAUCAGUGCUGCCUAUCAGUGCCAUGUAUCAGUGCUGCCUUUCAGUGCCCAACAGUGAUGCCUGUCAAUACCCAUCAGUGCCACCUACCAGUGCCUCCUCAUCAGUGCCCAUCAGUGCCACCUAUCAGUGUCCAUCAGUGCAUAUUAUCAGUGCCCAUCACUGCAGCCUCAUUAGCGCAUAUCAGUGAAGGAGAAAAAUCACUUAUUUACAAAAUUUUAUAACAAAAACUAAGAAAAAAAAUUUUUUUUUCCAAAGUUUUCAGUGGUUUUUGGUUUGUUUAAGAAAAAAUAA